AUUGGACCGUUGUACAUCUUUGCAAGCAAGUGAUAUCGCAGUCAAUACAAAAGAAAAAUAGUAAAAGAAAAGAAUGUCUUUUAUUUGAUGCGAAUUAUCUUACAGCACACCGCCCCACCUUUUCCGCUGUUCGUUUUCUUUUGUUCGGUAUCAAGAUCAUCAAAAUACUUCCCUCUCUUACUCGUUUUCAACAUCUCCGACCAAUCCAACAAGUACUACAAUGGGGAAAGAUGGUGAAUGUUGCUCCACUCACCUUAUAGAUGGGGAUGGCACUUUCAAUGCUUCUGGACUUGAAAACUUUAUGAAGGAAGUGAAGCUGUCUGAAUGCGGACUUUCAUAUGCUGUAGUAUCGAUUAUGGGCCCCCAAAGUAGUGGAAAAAGUACACUACUCAAUCAUUUGUUUCAUACCAACUUCAGAGAGAUGGAUGCCUAUAAAGGAAGGUCUCAAACCACAAAAGGUAUAUGGAUGGCAAGAUGUGCUGGAAUUGAGCCUUGUACCAUUGUGAUGGAUCUGGAGGGCACUGAUGGAAGAGAACGAGGAGAGGAUGAUACUGCAUUUGAAAAGCAAAGUGCCCUCUUCGCCCUCGCUGUUUCGGAUAUAGUGCUAAUAAAUAUGUGGUGUCAUGACAUUGGACGUGAGCAGGCCGCAAACAAGCCACUCUUGAAGACAGUCUUUCAGGUCAUGAUGCGAUUAUUCAGUCCCCGAAAAACAACUUUGAUGUUUGUCAUACGUGAUAAAACAAGGACACCUCUGGAAAAUUUAGAGCCUGUUUUAAGGGAAGAUAUUCAAAAGAUAUGGGAUUCUGUUCCUAAGCCAGAAGCCCACAAGGAUACUCCAUUAAGUGAGUUUUUUAAUGUUGAAGUUGUGGCUCUCUCGAGUUAUGAAGAGAAGGAAGAACAAUUUAAAGAGCAGGUUGCUAGCUUAAGGCAGCGAUUUAACCAGUCUAUAGCACCUGGUGGCCUUGCUGGAGACAGGAGUGGUGUGGUUCCUGCUUCAGGGUUUUCUUUCAGUUCACAAGAAAUCUGGAGGGUCAUUAAAGAAAAUAAGGAUCUUGACCUACCUGCCCACAAGGUUAUGGUUGCAACCGUACGUUGUGAGGAGAUUGCCAAUGAAAAAUAUUCCUCUUUUAUCGCCAAUAAGGAUUGGCGUGAAGUGGAAGAGGCAGCGCAGUCUCAUCCUCUACCAGGCUUUGGCAGGAAGAUUAGUUCAAUUCUUGACACCUGUCUGUCAGAAUAUGAUGCAGAAGCUACAUAUUUUGAAGGAGGCGUUAGGUCUACAAAGAGGAAGCAGUUGGAAGAUAAAUUGCUGCAGCUUGUUCAACCAGCCUAUCAAUCUGUGCUUGGACAUAUUCGAUCCAGAACACUAGACAAGUUUAAAGAUGCAUUUAAUAGUGCUUUGGAAGGAGAACAAGGAUUUGCUGAGGCUGCACGGGACUUCACCAAAUUGUUUAUGAAUAUUUUUGAUGAAGAGAGUACAGAUGCCAUCAUUAAGCAGGCCAAUUGGCAUUCUACGAAAAUAAGAGACAAGCUUCGACGUGAUAUAGAUGCACACGUUGCUGCAGUUCGUGCUUCACAGCUGUCUGAACUUACUACAUCCUAUGAGAAAAAAUUGUGCGAGGCAUUAUCAGCCCCAGUGGAAGCUCUUUUAGAUGGUGCUAGUGAUGACACCUGGCCUGCGAUAAGAAAACUGCUUCAGCGCGAGUCUGAAAUAGCCAUAUCUGGUUUUUCCAGUGCACUAUCUGCGUUUGAAAUGGACGAACAUGAUAAGGAUAGUAUGCUAUACAGUUUAGAGGAUUACGCGAGAGGAAUUGUUGAGGGGAAGGCAAAAGAAGAAGCUGGGAGGGUUAUGAUCCGUAUGAAAGACCGGUUCACAACACUGUUUGGCCAAGAUUCUGAUUCAAUGCCGCGGGUCUGGACGGGAAAAGAAGACAUCCGGGCAAUUACCAAAACAGCCCGCUCUGCAUCGCUGAAGAUGUUGUCUGUUAUGGCUGCAAUACGUUUGGACAACUCCACUGAUAAUAUUGAGAACACUCUGUCACUUGCUUUAGUUGAUACAACCAGUGGUUCUGCGGCAAAUAAAGCCACCAGCUCACUCGACGCACUGGCUUCAAGCACCUGGCAAGAGAUUCCUGCAUCAAAAACAUUGAUAACUCCUGUACAGUGCAAAUCAUUAUGGAGGCAAUUUAAGACAGAGACAGAGUACACGGUUACUCAAGCCAUCGCUGCUCAGGAAGCUAGCAAGCGUAGUAACAACUGGUUACCACCUCCAUGGGCUAUUGUGGCCAUGAUAUUGUUAGGAUUCAAUGAAUUUAUGACACUUCUGAGGAAUCCUUUGUGGCUCCUUGUCAUUUUUGUUGGUUAUCUACUUUCCAAAGCCCUAUGGGUGCAACUAGACAUCUCGGGUGAAUUCCGUAAUGGAGCUCUUCCAGGGCUUCUGUCUUUAUCUACCAAGUUCCUUCCUACUGUAAUGAACCUUCUCAAGAAAUUAGCUGAGCAGGGCCAGGUGCCUACAAAUAAUAAUAAUGAAAGAAACCCCUCGUUAGCUGCAGCAAGUAUCCACAGUGAUAUCACUGACAUGUCAUCAAGCCAGUCAUCUGAAGUAAUUAGUUCGGAUAAUGGAAUUGAAUACUCAAGUCCAGCAGUACACAACAAGACUCAGUAAUCAGUCUGUUUAUAGCAUUUGGUGUAUCGAGCUGGCUUUGUGCUUGUUCAGGAAAAUUUUGUGGAAUGAUGGGUUGAUGUCGAUACUGAACACGUAGGAUACCACAAUCCAGAGUCAAUUAGUUUUUAUGCAUGCGCCACACAUCAGGGCUAAUGUUGUGAAGAAGCCCACAUGUAUAAAUCUUUUUUUUUUUUAAAUAUAUUUCCCAGCUUAUAGGUUCUAGAUUCUGAUCCCUGUUGUAUUAUUAGAACCUAAAGCAUCGUUCCCUGUUUGAGGGUUAUCGAUUCUGUGGUUUUAUCCUCAGUUUUGGUUUUUUGGGAAGUUGAUUCAUUGUAUAAUGUGAACUGAUACUGUUGAUAAUUUUAUGGGCUUUUAUGUAUUUAUGAUGAUGAAAUAAUAGUAGUCACUAUUCAGUGCCGAAACAA